AUGGUGUGCUUCUUAAAAGUUUGUUGCCCCUGCUUCUUCAGAAGACACCGUGCCGGGUCAAGCCGUGGCGGAUCAUUCGAGAGCGACAGGCCAAGCUCGGAGCGAAGGCUCGGCAACAGGCAGCCAGAGGCUCAGGAGGGCGGCGAGCCUCCACGAGAGGUCGAGUUGCUAAACCAAGAUGCUGCUGAGCAGCCAGAUGCUCCCCGAAUCGGCCCUCAGCCAGACAACGAGAUAACGUCAUUCCCCCGGCUCGAUGGAAGCUCAGACGGCGACAACCCCUCAAAUGAUGUCUCUCAACAAGACCCCCCUCAGCGUGGCACUGGCAUUGCUCCGCAGGCCAACGACACUCAGACGAAUAUCGGCAACACUUCAAAUAAUGUCUCGCAGCAAGGCGCCCCUCAGCAUGGCACCCCUAAACCACGCAGCAGACGAGAGUCACGCAGCACCACAGCAGGUCCAUACGCUCCAUUAAUAUUACGUGAUCUUCUGGAAAGCACCUCGAGUUCUUCAGCUAGUGCUUCGCAGGCCAACGACACUCAGACGAAUGUCAGAAACCCUUCAAAUAACAUCUCGCAGCAAGGCGCCCCUAUGCCAGGCAGCACACCAGGGUCACACAGCACCGCAACAGGUCCAUUCCUUGAAUACGAAGAUCCAAUGGGUGGAAAUCAGGACACUAUCAGUUCUUCAGAUGCUCCGCAGGCCAACGACACUCGGGCAAAUGCCGGCAGCCCUUCAAAUGAUGUGGAAAGCGCCAGCGGUUCUUCAGAUGGUGAUCCUGAAGCGAAUGUCAGCAACCCUUCAGAUAAUAUCUCUCAGCAAGACGCCCCUCAGCAUGGCACCCCGAAGCCACGCAUCAAACAAGGGUCACGCAGAACCGCAGAGGGUUCAUUAACUCCGUACAGAGAUCUACUGGGUGGAUUUCUUCUUAACAGCGUCAGCGGUUCUUCAGAUGGUGAUCCUCAGGCGAAUGGCUGCAACCCUUCAAAUGAUGUGGAAAGUACCGGCGCAGACGGUGCUCAGCAGGCCAACAACACUCGGACGAAUAGGGCUCAGAAAAGCAGUGGUUCGAAACGCGGCCAAGAUUCGAUUAUGUCCGAGAGAGAAAGAGAGGUGCUAUACCUUAUGGCUCUACUUCGUUGA